AGGGAAGAGCCACAGUCCUCCUUGGCCUUGGUCAAGUUCUGCUCCUGACUGCUCCUGCUCUUACUCUUGCUCCCGCCAUGAGCUGCCGCUUUCAGAGUUCCUCCACUAGCUAUGGAGGUGGUUUUGGGGCCGGUUCUUGCCAGCUUGGAGGAGGCCGUAAAAUCUCUACCUGCUCUUCUCGGUUUGCCACUGGAGGGUCAGCUGGAGGCUACGGAGGUGGCAUGAGCUGUGGCUUUGGUGGAGGGGCUGGUAGUGGUUUUGGGGGUGGCUUUGGAGGUAGCUAUGGUGGCGGCUUUGGUGGGGGCUUUGGAGGUGGCUUUGGUGACUUUGGAGGUGGCGAUGGUGGCCUCCUGUCUGGCAAUGAGAAGAUCACCAUGCAGAACCUCAACGACCGCCUGGCCUCCUACCUGGAAAAGGUGCGCGCUCUGGAGGCAGCCAAUGCUGAUCUGGAGGUGAAGAUUCGUGACUGGCACCUGAAGCAGAGCCCAGCUAGUCCAGAGCGGGACUACAGUGCUUACUACAAGACCAUAGAGGAGCUCCAGGUGAAGAUCCUGGAAGCCACUACUGACAACAACCGGGUCAUCCUGGAGAUCGACAAUGCCAGGCUGGCUGCAGAUGACUUCCGGCUCAAGUAUGAGAAUGAGCUGACCCUGCGCCAGAGUGUGGAGGCUGACAUCAACGGCCUACGUAGGGUGCUGGACGAGUUGACCCUCUCUAAGACUGACCUGGAGAUGCAGAUCGAGACCUUGAAUGAGGAGCUGGCCUACCUGAAGAAGAACCAUGAGGAGGAGAUGAAGGAGUUCAGCAACCAGGUAGUAGGCCAGGUCAAUGUGGAGAUGGACGCCACCCCUGGCAUUGAUCUGACCCGUGUGCUGGCUGAGAUGAGGGAGCAGUAUGAAGCCCUGGCAGAGAAGAAUCGGAGGGAUGCAGAGGAAUGGUUCCAGACCAAGAGUGCAGAGCUGAACAAGGAAGUAUCGUCCAACGCUGCCAUGAUCCAGACCAGCAAGACAGAGAUCACAGAGCUCAGGCGCACACUCCAGGGCCUGGAGAUCGAGCUGCAGUCCCAGCUGAGCAUGAAAGCUGGCCUGGAAAGCACCUUGGCAGAGACAGAGUGUCGCUACGCCCUGCAGCUGCAACAAAUCCAGGAACUCAUCAGCAGCAUUGAGGCCCAGCUGAGCGAGCUCCGCAGCGAGAUGGAGUGCCAGAACCAGGAAUACAAGAUGCUGCUGGACAUCAAAACACGGCUGGAGCAGGAGAUCGCCACCUACCGCAGCCUGCUUGAGGGCCAGGAUUCCAAGAUGACUGGCUUCAACAACUCUGGAGGAAAUGGCUCUACUUCUACCUCCAAUGCCUCCUCCUCCCCCUCCACUUCCGGCCGCCUGGACUUCCGCAAGUAUUAACUGAGUCCGAAGUCCCUUCCCUGGCCUUCAGCAGCUGCAGGAGGAGAGUUGACUGCGCCUGUAGGAUGAGAGGACUGCGGAAUGUGAAGCCAGUCCCAUUGUCUCCACAUCUCUGACAACCUCUGAGGGCGGGCCUGCCCCCUUCUCUCCUGACUGGAGGCCUUCUCUUCCUUACCCUUCUGUCCCUACUCUUUGGUUUCUCAAUAUCUCUACUAAAAAGAAUGGAUAAUUCAAUAAAGGUUCCUGAUUUUCUGCAAA